AGGAUGUGCAUGAAGAGCGCAAUAUGAAGCAACACCGCUACACAGUUCCAAUGAGCCCAGCCAUGGCAGCGCACUUUUACCUGGAAUUCGCCCUUUGCGAUGAGAAGUAGACGUUACUUCUAAAUUCUCCACUUUAGUAAGAGAUGCCUGGUCCUUGCUGAUGGGGAUGAGCCGGCUUGAUGUGCUCUACCGAAGGCUCCUCCUCACCAAACUCUUCAUCCGAGGAUGGGGAAAGCCAGAGGACCUGAAACGAAUAUUCGAGUUUAGGAAAAUCAUUGGCAAUCGGGAAAAAUGUAAGAACCUUGUACCACGGGAUUAUCCAGUUUUUAUCGACAAGGUGGAGGAUCACUCGGACUGCAGGAUUCACAGCGGCCAUUUCAUUUCCCCGCUCGAACACGUUGUCCCGGGCAUUUUGCCAGCAGAGUCGGUGAAAGCCAGCUUUCAGUUUAUAGUUCCCAAAAAAUGGAAGCAGCACAGACCGGUGUGUAUCCAUCUGGCAGGAACAGGAGACCAUUUUUUCUGGAGGAGGAGGACUCUCAUGGCCAGACCCAUGAUCAAAGAAGCAGGAAUGGCGUCCCUGCUGCUGGAAAACCCGUAUUAUGGAUACCGAAAACCCAAAGACCAGAAGCGGUCAAGUCUGAAGAACGUAUCUGACCUGUUUGUGAUGGGCGGAGCUCUCAUCUUGGAGUCGGCUGUGCUCCUGCACUGGUUGGAGAGAGAGGGCUUCUGGCCUCUGGGCAUGACCGGCAUCUCCAUGGGAGGCCAUAUGGCAUCUUUAGCUGUAACCAACUGGCCCAAGCCGAUUCCUCUGAUCCCUUGUCUUUCUUGGACUACUGCUUCGAAUGUUUUUACCACUGGAGUGUUAAGUCGGGCUGUGAACUGGAGGGAACUGGAGAAGCAGUACGCCAUGCACACCGUCUAUGAGGACGAGAUCAUCCAUAUGCUGGAGUACUGCGGGACGGACUCUUUCCGGAUGGGCCAGGACUUUGUGCGGGACGCCCCGGGCAGCUUUGACAAACUCUCGAACGUGUCCCUGUCUUCAGAGCUGCUACUGCAGCAGAGGGACUCUGUGGACGGGUUGAAGCGCAUGCUGUCGUCUUCUGUGGGUGGCGGUCAGACACACAUCGACACACUUCACAGCAAGAGAGCAAGCCACAGCGCAGGCCAGCGUCGCUCGCUGCAACGGGAGUCACUCUGCUUCAUGAAGGGUGUGAUGGACGAGUGCACACACAUCGCCAACUUUUCAGUGCCGGUGGAUCCAAAUCUGAUCAUCGUUGUCCAAGCUAAAGAGGACGCCUACGUGCCUCGCUCAGGUGUGCGCAGCCUGAUGGAAGUCUGGCCUGGCUGCGAGGUUCGCUACCUCAACGGGGGCCACAUUACUGCCUAUCUGUUUAAACAGGCAGUGUUCAGACAGGCCAUUUACGAUGCUUUUGAGCGUUUUGUCCAGAAGUAUCCUAUAUUAUUAUAACCACAUAUCCUCUUCCACUGUGCUCUGCCGAGGACACGGUAAAGGAAAUGAAUGAAACAUAACAUAAAACAACACAACACACCAGGACAACGGAUCUGAACCGAAACCUCUCCACACCUCGGUGCUACUGAAAACUGAGUGGUAUUUACACAUCAUUACAGUAUAAUGUUUUAUAGACAUUUAAGUCUAUAAUAACUAUGUCCUUAAUAUCUCAUGUUCUGAAUUUCAUUUCUGCCUUCUAUCAUAGUUCACUUUUUUUUUUUACCUCCUCAGCCUUUUCUUUGAAAAGUGCAUUUAUUAAUCACAGAUCACUGCCAAUCGUGAGGGAGCAUCAGAUUAUAAAUCAUGUUUUAUUAUUUGAAAUAAAAGUAUUAGCAUUUUGCAAUGGUAUUAUUAUUUUUAUCCCUUGAACAAUUUAUUUCCUACAUGAAAUAACUACUAAUGUAAUAAAAAAAACCCUUUCAACCCUUUACAUUUCUGUAUUUCAACUCUGAAAUAAAAAAGCAUACUUUGAAGCCUGA